UGGAAAGCGCGACGUGGAAGGCAGGAGGGAGCUGCCCCCAGGUUCAUGGGCUUCCCCUUGGAUAUGAAGCCGACUUUUUGAACUUCUAAAUCCCUCUUCUCCAUACCCUGCUGCACCCCUCUGUGGCCCGGUACCUUGAGGACACCAUGGAUGGACUGAUCGUGGUCUUCCUUAUCUCCCUUGGCAUGUUCUUUGGCUGCUUUCUUCUGGGCUUAAUCCCUCUUGCAGUUAAACUUUCAGAGCAAAAACUGCAGUUUGUGAGCGUCUUGGGUGCCGGAUUGCUGUGUGGGACGGCUUUGGCUAUAAUUAUACCGGAAGGAAUCGAGCUGCUGGAUGGAUCUUCCGCGGGUGAUCCAAUAAAAUGUCAGAACGUUGCGGAUGAUCUGAACAUCACGAAAUCUGCAGAGACCAACUCCUCCAUCCCCCCUCAUUUCUUUGUCGGUGUCUCCCUGGUGUCGGGGUUCAUACUGAUGUUUCUUGUCGAUCAGAUUGGAAGCUAUUGCUCUUAUCAUGAUCCUACAACUGGGAUGUCAGCUGGAACGAGCAUAACGGCCACUCUUGGCUUAGUCAUUCAUGCAGCAGCGGACGGUGUCGCCCUGGGAGCGGCGGUGGCCUCCUCGCAGGUCUCGGUGCAGGUCAUUGUUUUCUUUGCCGUUAUCUUGCACAAGGCUCCUGCGGCUUUUGGUCUGGUUUCCUUUCUCAUGCACGCCGGCCUGGAGAAGAAACAGAUUCAGAAACACCUCCUAGCGUUUUCACUCGCUGCUCCUCUUCUAACAAUUGCUACAUAUUUAAUUUUAAACACGACCGGGGGCUCCUCACAGCAUCGACUGAGCGCCACCGGAAAUGGAAUGUUGUUUUCCGCGGGGACUUUUUUGUACGUGGCUACGGUACAUGUGCUGCCUGAAAUUAGCGGCAGAGGUCACAGCCAUCACCACGGGGCCGCGGAGUACAGACGCCCAGGACUAGGACUGUUGGAAAGCGUGACACUUGUCAUAGGCGCUGUCCUUCCCGUUCUGCUAUCUUUGGGUCUCCAUGAUAACUAAAAAAAAAAAAAAUGUAAAUAAUAUUUGUAGGACUGAUAACCGGUAUAAUUAACCAAAAAGGACAUUUACGAUUAAUGACUGACAUGUUUACCAAUGUGACCUUACUAAUAACAAAAAAGUGGAACAAAAAUAUUUUUUAAAGUAUAUUUUGCUGUUUUUUUAUGUAAAUUGGUUUUUAUACUUUUUUGCGUCUAAAAACAAAUAACACAAAAAUCUAAAAAUAUAACUUUCUUUUUUUUUGCCGACGUCACAAUUAAAAUCUGGGUUAUGUUUUUUUUUUUAA